AUGUUCAGCCACCUUGCGUUGCGGCAAUCUUUCAACAGAUCUUUGACUUCAACGAUCCUGCUCAUUGCCGUCUCUCAAUUCAACUUUGGGUUUGACCAACAAGGCUUUAAUUCGACCCAAGCGAUGGACGCUUUCGAACGGCAAUUCGGCUGGUAUAAUGCCAAGACGAAAGCCUACUACCUCGAAAGCUGGUGGCUGUCUCUUUUUGCCGGCCUACCGUAUAUUGGGUUUGGCAUAGGUAUUCUGAUCGGGAGCAUAGUCAGCAAACGCUACGGUCGGCGCAUGUGCAUGUUCUCAAUGAGUAUCUGGUCUUGCGUGGCUACGACAAUUAUCAUGACGUCCAGAAGCCGAGAUCAGAUCCUCGCUGCCAGGAUAUUGGCCUAUAUCUAUAUUGGCAUAGAGCUUGCCGUUGUACCCAUCUAUCAGUCGGAAAUAACUCCGCAACGAGCUCGUGGUUUCGUUGUCGGCACGUACCAACUGAGUCUUGCAACGGGUGGCUUGGUCGUCAACGCCGUGUCCCGAGGUACCGGGAGCUUGAACUCGGCUGCGGCAUACUUGAUUCCGUACGGGCUCUUCUACAUCGUACCCGUGAUAGUCAUAUCGGGAAUCUGGUUUGUCCCAGAGUCUCCCCGUUGGCUUGCAAUGCAAGGCCGUAACGACGAAGCACUUAUAGCUCUCAAUCGUCUCCGUGAAGGCAGCUUCACUGAAGAGCAAAUAGCGACCGAGAUGUCUCAGAUACGCGCAGGUAUAGAUCACGAAGUUGAGAAAGGUUCUUUCAUGGACAUGUUCAGGGGCAAGCAAGUGACAAAACGAACCAUGUCAGUCAUUGGUGUCAACUUUUUCCUGCAGGCUACUGGCUCUAUCUUUGCCUCUGUGUACGGCGCCAUUUUUGUGAAGCAGCUGGGGUUCAUCAAUCCUUUCACCGUCACCAUGAUCACCUCCAGCAUUAACAUUGUCAUGUGUGUCUGCUCAAUGAUCCUAUUGGACAAUUUGGGACGGAGGUAA